AUUCCGUCUCACGUCCUGUCUUUCUCCCUCCUCUCUCUCUCUCUCUCUCUUAUACACUCCCUCUCUCUUUCUGUUUGCCCCUCCUUCCGAGCGAUAGGAUAGUAACGAGUGUAUGAGAUAGAGAGAGAGAGAGAGAGAGAGAGAAAGAGCAGAAAGAAAUAGAGGAAGAAGCAGCACGCGACAUGGUCUCGAAGGUGGAACAACUGUGUUGGAGGACGCGAGAAGAGAUAUGGCCACGCACACACACACACACACAUAUACACACGUAUACAUAGUCACAUAUGUACACAUUCGAGUAUGCUACAAACGAUUGAAGGAGGGGAGAAGCUAUAGAGAGUGUGUGCAACUUUGAAAUAUCUUUACUCGUGCUUCGAAAGACCUACCGUCCUGAUACUCUGUGUCAAGUAUCAUCGCAUACGUGCGUGUAUGCGUGUAUUCACUAACACACACUAAUAAUAGGAACGAACGUAACGUCGAAUAGAGAUACACGAGCAGUAACGCGUGCGGUCACGAGUGCAUUUCUUCCUUCUUUCCCUUCCCCUCCCCCAUCCCCUCCCCCCCUCUCUCUCUCCCUCUCAUUCUUUUUAUUUCGCUCGUUUACUGAAAUUCGCAUCUUCCUUCCUUUCCUUCCAUCCUUUCUUCUUCCGAUGUCGUCGUCGUCGUCGUCGUCGUCGUCGUCGUCGUCAUAGUAGUUGUCGUCGUCAUCAUCGUUGUAGUUGUCGUCGGAUGACUCGCUGAACGAACAACUUGCUUCUCGGUGAACUCGAAGAAUCUUUGAUGAGGAGAAAGGAUUUAUGGAGACGUUUGACGGAUUCGUUUAUCGCCUUACGAAGAUCGUUCUCUUGUUUUCGAUUUUAAACUGAACUGAGAAGAUAAGAUAAAAGAUGGAGAAAAAAGGAAUGGAGGUAUGAUGAUGAUGAUGAUGAUGAUGAUGAUGAUGAUGAUGAUGAUGAUGAUGAUGGCCGAAUUAGAUUCGUUUCUCUUUACGUCCAUCUUUUACGUAUUCGUCUUCGCAAACUCUUUGAGUUUCACGAUUCUUGAAAGCGAGGCUACGAACGAAGUAACUCGGGGAAGAUGCUGUGUCCUAGAAUCGUGGAAAAAGGAAGAAAGGGAAUGGAGGGAAACGAGGUGUGCCAAUUUAAUCGACGACGAUGCAAAUCGCACCCUUCUUACGUUUAUCGAAGAUAAUUCCGAAAUGACGAGUACCAUGGUGGACUCAUGGGUAUGCUUCGAUGCUUGUUUCAAGUAUCGAUCUAACAACAGUUACAUCAUUCUUCAAAGGUUUCUCAAUCGUAAUGAAUCCUUUAACAUUAAUCUAGAGGAACAACGAGAAAUUAAUGACAAUAACAGUCUAUGCGAGAUAAAAAAAGAAUUAAAAGAAGAGACACAUUAUUGUCAAAGUAUUUUGACGCCAUUGAGUUUUUGGGGUGCCAACAUAGUUGUAUUCGCUAAUGUUAUCUAUAUCUUACCAUAUCUUAUCGUUGUACUGAUUUAUUCGACGGUCUCCGGGCUACGUAAACGCGCUUACGAUGGCGCGGUCCUUUGUUACAAUGUUUCGCAGGUCAUCUUAAACUCUAUCCUCAUCGCCAUCGGAUGGUCCUUACUCUGUCGUGUCACUCUCUACUUCUCGGUGUACACUAUCUCCUGUUUGGCCCUGAUGUUUCUAUCGAUAUCUUCCACCUUCUGGCUCUUCGUCAUUUGCAUCGACAUGACCCUGGUCAUCACCAGACUCCAUUGGACGCCACCAACCGAUCCCAAACAGCAACGAGCUCAAGAAAGACGAAAGUUUCUGAUAUACUCUGUUUGGGUUUGGGGUAUAUCCUUCGUGCCGACGGCUAUUGCUUGUAUCGUCGAAUUAUCGCCUUUAGUACCAAAGAACUCACCUAUCAAACCAAAUUUUGAUAAUUUUUCCAACGGUCCCAAUAUAGCUGUCAUCGUCUACGUCACAACUAUACCUAUACUUAUUUGCCUGAUGAACAGUAUAUUAUUCAUUUAUACAACUUAUAAGAUAAUCGUCAUUAAAAAGUCCAUUACAAUCGCGAGCAAGACAAAAAUUAAAACCAACGAAUCCUAUUUUAUGUUUCUCAAGCUUUACUUUUUAAUGGAUUCACCAUGGAUUACCAGUGCUCUUGGUGCCAUCUAUACCGAACUUUGGAUGUUUAAAUUUCUUAGAAUGAUCCAACCGAUUUUAAUGCUGAUCGUUAUAUUGCCAAAAAAUUCACUUGGGAAUAUUUUUCAUAGGUGUAUUUUCUUUAAAUAUAAAUCUGUUAAUCAUAACAAAGAAAAUGUGGAAAUAAAGUAGUACCGUUUCUCUUUCAA